AUGAGCAGCCACGUCAGCAGCCACGUCAGCUGCACACGGGAAGGUCUCGGUUCAGGAAAGGGGUCCUUGAGCCUUGCUUCAGGGGCGAAGGGGUUCCGUGCGGUGGUGAGCUUUGCGGUUCGGAAGCUGAAGGGUGGUGGUGGUGUGUGGGAGGGGCAGCAUGAGGUCUGUGAAGCUGAAGAGCGGGAUGGGUAUCACGCAGUGGAGAUGGGUGAAGCAGCAAAGGGUGCAGUGGAGAAUGAUGCUGUGCGGUCUAAUCCAGCCGGUGUGGGUGCAAAUGGCAGCAGAGUCCAAACUUAUAACGCGUAUGUGUCAACUGGUGUCACAAAUGGAGCAGUCAGGGCGGUCAGAGAGGACAACGAGAGCAGCAGAGGGGCGCAUGAGGGCACAGGAAGUAGCACGGGUGCAGAGGCUGGGAUAGUAAGUGAAGGGCCGCUGGAACGGCAUUAUGAGUUUCGGCAGGAGCGGUUGGGUCAGGUGUUGGGUGCAGUAACAACAGUGGACGAGGAGGAAAGAGGGGUGGAGGGGUGUAAACCUCAGGAGACGGAGACCCAGGGAAUAGAGGGCGACGAGGGGGGGGAAGAGGAGGAGGGGGGAGAAGAGGAGGAGGAAGAGGAAGAGUUAUUCUUGGAGGAGGAAGUUGGGGAGGAGCGCAAGAGUGUGUUGCGGCGGGGGCUGGCUGUCUCCUCCCGGACUCUCUCCUGGAUCUCCGAUGUGGUUGUCUCGCCCGCCCUCAGCUUCACAGGCCCACCUGUGGCGCGUGCGCUCAACUCCCUGCCGCGCAUCCGCAUGGGAGUUCUCCUAGACGUGGCAAGGAGCGUGCGGGCCAGUGCAGGUGGCAUGGGCGCAUGGUCGAUGCGGGACCUCACCCACGGGCUGUACCUACUGUCGCUGCAGCAUGCAGAAGAGAGAGCGUUGGUGGGUGCCCUUUCCUCUGGGCGCAUGGUCACUGCGUGGUAUCACCCAUGGGCUGUACCUGCUGUCGUGUCGCUGCAGCAUGCUGAGGAGAGGGCCGUGGACACUGUUGCUUCAACACCUGUCACAGACGAGCAAACAGACCUCACCCACGGGCUGUACCUGCUGUCUCUGCAGCAUGCUGAGGAGAGAGCCGUGGACACUGUUGCUUCCGUCCCUGUCACAGACGAGCAGACUCUGAGUGUGGGGUGGAAAGACUGUGCAGGAUCUGAUCUACCACUGCGAGUUCGCCCAGGCAUUCACAACGUGCAGGAUCUGAUCUACCACUGCGAGUUUGCAAAGGCGGCGAUAGCCACAACGCACAGAGCCAUAGCGCAGGCGUGCAUGGUUCGCCCGAACCGCAUUGUCAAGAUCGUACCCAAGGCUCGCUACGGCAGGCCGGCCUACUUCAUAGCUCUGGACGACAAGCGUCGUCUAGUAGUGGUGUCGUUCCGCGGGACGCGGUCGGCGCACGACAUGCUGACGAACCUCGCCGCCCACUCGGUCCUCGUCUCUACUGUUCAACGUGCUGUGGAGAGGGAGGGGGGAGAGGAUGGGUCGGCAACAGAUGGAGGGGAGAAGCGAUGGCAGAGUGAGGAGAGGAGUGAGGAGAGUGAAGGGGAGUACUUUAUAGAAAGCGAUGGGAUGGAGGGAGAGAGGGAGGGAGACAGGGUGGCUGCAUGGAGUGAGCGAAAAGGCGAGACAAGAGAGGAAAAGAGGAGAGGGCGAGGAAUGACAGGGGAAAUGGGGGGCGUGAGUGAGAAUAGGCGGAGGAGCGAGGCCAAGCGACAAACAGAAGAGGAGUCAAACGAUCAAUCACGGGCAAAUUCAAAGCAGAACUCGAAGCAGAACUCGAAGCAGGGCCCAAAGCAGGCACCAAGGGAGGAGACGAUGGAGGACGUGGUAGGAGAGGAGGAGCGGCGGGACAUGGACGAGGUAAUCGCCUUCGGGCACUACGGCAUGGUGCAGGCAGCCGAGACAUUCGUGCACGAGGAAUCCCCCCUGCUGCGCCACCUCCUCGCCCACCACCCGGGGUAUGAUCUGCGGCUGAUUGGACACUCUCUGGGGGCGGCGGUGGCGGCGCUGGUCACCAUUCUGCUGCGCCCGCAGGCGGAGGUUCUGCUGGGGAUAACAAGUGAGCGCGUGCGGUGUGUGGGGUUCGCGACGCCGCCGUGUGUGUCCCGGCAUCUGGCGCUCUCCUGUCGCUCCUUCAUCACCACUGUGGUCCUGCAGGUGAGCUCUCUUGGUGGUGUGAGAGAAGAGGAACAGAGGAACCUCCCCCCCCCCCCAGCUCUCUCUCUCGCUCUCCCCCUGCUGCGCCACCUCCUGGCGCACCACCCGGGGUAUGAUCUGCGGCUGAUUGGGCACUCCCUGGGGGCGGCGGUGGCGGCGCUGGUGACCAUUCUGCUGUGCCCGCAGGCGGAGGGGCUGCUAGCUAGUUUUGACGCGCCUCAAAACGCAGGCGGAGGGGCUGCUGAGGAUUACGACGCUCCCCCCGAAGAGCUUGAUAUCUCUGACUCGUGCUCAUCGGCCCUAGAUGCUCUCUACACCUUCUCCUCCUCUCGCCCCCGAGAAACCCCCGUUCCCUCUUCUCGUCCCCCUCGAUCCUCUCCCUCUUCCCACACUCGCUCUUCCCUUCGACUUUCCCCUUCACCUCCUCCUGCCUUAUCCUCUCCUGACUCUCCCUCACUGCUGACCAAGCUCAAGUCGAAGAGGUGGAGGAAAAAGAAGGAGCGGGAGCUGAGUCGGCAUGAGCUGAUGCUGCUGCAACACGUACAGAUGGAGUGCUGUAUCUCGGACGAGGACUACUCCAAUAGUGCAGUAGUUAAUAAAGGGGAUGACUAUGAGCUACUGCCACAGCAACAGCAGAAAAUGCAGCAACAGCGGGAAGAAGGUGAGGAUAUUGGGUGGGGAGCUGGAUCAAUUCCACUUGGCAUUGAAGUGACAGCAGGCAGCAGCCAAGGGAUGGAUGAUAAAGCCUUCGUCCUUACUCAGGGUUGUCACAUGACCUGA